GUCAGCCUAGUCCGUUUAGUCGGUUUAGUCAGUCUCGCCAAUAUGGUGACAUUUCUGUUGUGUUUUGCUGUCGCAGGCAUAUGAAAUUCGAAAACGCAAGCUCCAGGCUCCAGAUCAACCCCUAAACGAAUAACAUUUUCAUGUUUGCUUACUUCUCUUUUUAGGCACAGAGAUAUAUUUUAUUGCAGUGUCAACAAAUAAUAUCAAUUUUGAAAACUGACCAUUAUGUCAUCUGUCGUUCCAACAGGAAUUUCUACAUUUCGAAAUAGUCUAGCAAGAUUAUAAAACUAUAAUUCAUAUUGCCCAUUCUUGUGGCUUAAUGUUGUGUUUACAUGCCAGGUGACGAGUGGUGAUAUUUGGUGUGUGAUUGCGUGGAUGCUAGUCUGUGGGGGCCGUGGUGUCGUGUUGUUAGAGGUGUCAAAGAGUUGUCAAGUUCGUGGAGGAUUUGUUUACCAUAAGACACGAGUGAUAUCUGAAUGCCGUUAGUAAUGUAAACAAGAAAUGUCUGAAAUUGCGAAUAUCACAUUGUUGCAGUUGUCAUGGGAUGACAUUUUGUUCCAGCACGUUUUACCGUACCUUACGCUCAAGGACUGUUUCAAUUUGCGAUCAACGUGUAAGCUUUGUAGAGAACUUGUGGACAGCUACUUCGCAAUAAUAAAAAAUAUAAACAUAUCUAUGUUGAAAACAUUCAAUGGGCCUGCUUUUAAUGUGUUUGUCCAGAAUUGCAAAAGUAUUCGACACAUAAACCUUGCCUAUUGCAAUUGGUUUGAAGAUAAACUUCUUAAACGUCUCUUUUACAACAAUACACACUUAAGUUAUGUUAACUUAAGUGGUUGUCUUGGGUUAACUAGUGCAUGUCUACAGCCUCUUAUUGUCUUUUGCAAAGAUUUGAAGAGUCUGAAGUUGAAAAACUGUCACUGGGUAACUGUUGACUGUAUUGAGGCACUAACCUUCCAUCAGAAUAACUUGGAAGAAAUAGAUCUCACAUCAUGCUGGGAUCUGGGAGAUGAGAGCCUAAUUGCAUUUAUUAAGAAGUUCAGAAGGCUCCGUGUCCUGUGUAUCUCAAAUAUUUAUUCAGUCACUGAUAUUACAAUGUUUGCAAUUGCACACUACUCUCAAUGUCUGGAAUAUCUUAAUAUAAGUGGAUGCUGGCGGAUCAAGGAUGAUGGAGUGAGGAUGGUUGGGGAAUACUGUCGCAACUUGCAUUCACUACUUGUCAAAGACUGUCACUACAUCACUGAGAGAAGUCUAGGAUGCUUAAGGAAUCGCAUUUUCAUCGACAAGUCUGAUUAUUCUCAGUACUACCGAGAUCUUCACCACCCAGUACCCAUUAUGGGACUUAAUCUAUGAACUUUGCUGCUUAAAAGAUAACAAGAAAGACAUUAGAAGUCUGGAAAUUUUAAGUUAUACUGUCAAAUGGGAGAAUAAUGAAUGGGGAAGACAUCAAAAUGUAAGGCUGGAGAGGGAUUUGAGAUGAAUGUGGAGGUCACAACUACUGCUCUUAAAAUAAUGCUGUGGAUCUUUAAUACAAAUAUAUCAAGUCUGCCUGUACAGAAAUGAAACAUCAAGAAAGUGACAAAAUGCAUCUUGAAAUCCAUAUAUUUUUAAAGGGAUACACAAGGAACAAAUAUGAGUAUCACAGCCUGAGAAAGAAUGAAAAAAAUAUUGGAAAUGAAUUAUAAUCUCAUAAAAAGUUGAAUAAGAAAAAAAGUAAGUGUCCCUGUGCUUAACUAAUUAAGCACUACGCCAUGAAGGCGUAUGGGGGAAUAGAAAGUUGAAAUUAAUUGGACAGACACUCAUUACACAAGAGGUUAAUGUAGCAGAGUAUGUUUCCAAUGGAACAGGUAACUGAAAGAUAAAGAUAUUAAAAAUACCUGAAAAGUAACAUACAUACAAAGUCAGUUAUAAGGAAACUAACUAGAUAGAUAGGUCAGAAAGACUGACAGAUUAUUUAUAAUUAAAGAGAACUGAAAGUGGAAUCAAAACAUGUUGGACAGGAAACUGGGGGGGGGGGGCGAGUACAGAAAUGGAUACAAAUAUAGAACACCAAGGAUCACAUCCUAACAUUCAAACUGAAAAUGCAGCAACUCAAAUCUGAUGUACAUUCUAAACCAAUGUGUGACUUCCUCCUGAGAGAGAAGAGCUCUACCCCAGGGAGUUUUUUCCCGCCCUUCUGUGUACUGGAAUGGAC